AUGGCUUCCUCCCACGAGCCCGAGAGGCCGCACUUAUCUGAGCAUGGAGCAUGGCCCUCAGCAUCUGCAAAUAGCUUUCGCCAGCAGUAUCUGGCUCCUGCAGAUGCUUUACACACUCACACCUCGCCCGACUGUAACCCUGCAGCAGCCAUUGCCUCCGGCUCCACAGACGAUACUCCCGCUUCCUCCAGUCCCAACGGCGAGACACUCGCAACACCUGAAGCAGAACCUUUCUCAAGCGAUGACAAGACCGCUGUACCCUCUCCUGCCGACUCACCGCCUGAAGCCGUACCUACUACCGUAUUCGCCGUACCCGCCGAACCCACACCAGUCCUCAGAGAAAGUCAAUUGAUAGAAAACGAAAAAGAUGACCAGGUUGAAGGCUUGACAACCAUCAAGACUGCCGCAUCAGAUAAGCCGGCUGGUCGCCCAGGCAUGCAAAAGAGGACAUCGAGUCGAAUGACGGAGGAUGAUCUUUUCAAAGCAUUAAGCCGGAGAAAGACAAACCAAAGCAAUCGACAGGGCUCGUACAUGACCGAAGAUGAAGCGAGCGCGACAGGUGAAGAGCAGGCCGAGAUUGAGAAACUCAUGUCACGUAUGUUUGGGAAGGAUCGGCAAGCAAAUUCGGAGGAUGAAAAGACCAGACAUGUUGGAUUGGUAUUCAGGAACCUGACCGUCAAAGGAAUGGGGCUGGGUGCUGCAUUGCAGCCAACCUUGGGCGAUCCGUUCCUUGCAUUCCCGAGAAAAUUAACGGCUCUUUUCACUGGAGGACCAAAAAAGGUCGCGGGGAAGCCACCAAUCAGGACCAUCUUGAAUGAUUUCACCGGGUGUGUACGGCCUGGCGAAAUGCUACUGGUACUUGGGCGUCCGGGCUCUGGCUGCUCGACAUUCCUGAAAGUUUUGGCAAAUCAAAGAUUCGGAUACGAGAGCAUUGACGGAGAUGUCACAUACGGCGGGACGGAUGCGAAGACUAUGGGCAAACAUUAUCGUGGGGAAGUCUUAUACAACCCCGAGGAUGAUCUGCACUAUGCUACAUUGUCGGUCAAACGUACACUGGAGUUCGCCUUGAAGACCCGAACGCCCGGGAAAGCAUCUCGCAACGAAGGCGAAAGUCGAGCCGACUACGUCAAGGAGUUUCUCCGUGUGGUAUCGAAGCUAUUCUGGAUCGAGCAUACUAUGAAUACCAAAGUAGGAGACGAAUUUGUACGAGGUGUCUCGGGAGGAGAGAAAAAGCGUGUCAGUAUCGCUGAAGCCAUGAUCACCAAGGCCAGCACGCAAUGUUGGGAUAAUUCCACCAGAGGACUCGAUGCUAGCACUGCCCUCGAAUACGUGCAAUCAUUGCGCUCGCUGACCAACAUGGCCCACAUCUCUACAUCUGUAGCGCUUUAUCAAGCCGGCGAGAGUUUGUACGAUCUGUUCGACAAGGUAGUCCUGAUGGACGAAGGCAAAUGCCUAUACUAUGGACCGACUGAAGAUGCUGCUACUUACUUCGAGAACCUUGGCUUCCGUCGACCACAGCGCUGGACGACCGCUGACUUCCUCACAUCCGUCACCGAUCCCCACGAACGUCAAAUACGAGAAGGGUAUGAAGAUCGCAUCCCGCGAUCAACGGAGCAAUUCGAAAUUGCUUACAAAAGAAGUCCAAUUUUUGAGGCUAAUGUCCGCGACAUUGAGUCAUUCGAACAACAGGCAGAACAGCAGAGGCAACAGCGCCUGGCGGCUGCAACGAAAGCCACAAAGGAAAAGAACUACACGCUUCCAUACCACAAGCAGGUUUGGGCUUGCACUCAUCGCCAAUUCCUAGUCAUAUAUGGAGACAAGCAAUCUCUUGCAGGCAAAUGGGGUGGUAUCCUCUUUCAAGCUCUUAUUGUCGGUUCCCUAUUCUUCGAUAUGCCCAAGACUUCUUCCGGGGUCUUCGAGCGCGGAGGUGUGAUGUUCUUCAUGUUGCUCUUCAAUGCAUUGCUUGCUCUAGCGGAGUUGACGUCGGCCUUCUCGAGCCGACCCAUUCUACUGAAGCAUAAAAGCUUUUCAUUCUACCGGCCGUCGGCUUUCGCUAUCGCUCAAACGGUCGUCGAUAUUCCACUCGUGCUCAUCCAAGUCACUAUAUUCGAUCUUGUGGUAUACUUCAUGUCGAACCUAUCGAGAACACCUUCGCAAUUCUUUAUCAGCUUGCUCAUCCUCUGGGUCAUCACAAUGACGAUGUACUCAUUUUUCCGAUCCUUGGGGGCUCUAUGCAAGUCUUUGGAUACCGCGACUCGCUUGACUGGUGUCGCGAUUCAAGCACUCGUUGUCUACACUGGUUAUUUGAUCCCUCCAGCCAAGAUGCAUCCUUUUUUUAAAUGGCUUAUUUGGGUCGACCCGAUUCCAGUAUGGUUUCGAAGCCUUGAUGUCUAA